UCCUUUUCUUCUCCGGCGAGAAUUUGCCGUUAGACCACCCAAUACAGCUGUCCGACGGAGAGCACCCAACCGCGCGGCAGCACAGUCGCGCCUCCCUUUCGGGCGACGCCUAACCACCACUUCUCGCCCUUAGCUCGGUUCAGCGACUUGAUACUACAAGAGUACCUCCGUACUCGCAGCUCGCCGCCGUCUCAGCUGUGUCUCCUCCACGUCGCCGCUGUCUGUAUUGAAACUGUGAAAAAUGUUCAAAGUAUUCCGUUGGAAACCUGCUUAUAGGCAACUCUCUGCAGUUACCGUUUCUCCCCAAUUCAAUUUGUGGAGAGGCAUGCAUAGUAGGUCUAAGAAGGCAAUGGAGCUCAUAGCCAAAGGAUAUAGUGCCUUGCAGGAAGUUGACAGAGUUAUUGACUAUUGUGAGCGCGGUGAUCAGCGUCUCCUCCUUUUGCUUAGGGCAGCAAAGCAAAAUUUUGAAUUGGCUCUUGAAGCCGACAACUCAAGCACUCAUGCUAGAUAUUGGCUAUCUAAAAUGCAUCUCAAAUACCUGUUCUGCCCUGGUGCAAAUAAAGCUGUAGGGGCUGCAUUGCUAGUGGAAGCUGCUGAAAUGGGCAAUCCUGAUGCACUAUAUGAUCUUGGCUGCCGCCUAAGAGCUGAGAACCCUUAUGCACAAUCGGUACAGCAAGCUUUUUAUUAUCUGGAGAAGGCAGUUGACCAGUUGCAUCCCGGAGCCCUCUAUCUCUUAGGAGCUGUAUACUUGACCGGCGAUUGUGUGAGCCAGGACAUUUCCUCCGCCAUUUGGUGUUUCCAUAGAGCAUCUGAAAAGGGUCAUGCUGCUUCUGCCAUAGCCUAUGGAUCUCUUCUCCUUGCAGGUGUUCGACUUCCUGAAUCAGUAACCAAAUUCAAUGUGAAGAAAGCAUCCUCAAACAGAAAACUGAGGAACGAUUCUGGAGCCGAUGAGUAUGAUCCAGUUGAGAUGGCAAGAGAUCAAUUUGAAAUUGCUGCUAAUGCAGGAUGCGAUCUUGGAUUGAAAUGGCUGAAACUUCUUGACGAGGACGAGAAAAAGAAAACCGGGACGAGCUCUUAAUGCCGGUCUUAAUACAUAAGAUUCAGCUACCUUGAAUAAUUAUGGUCUUGAUAGCUUAUAAACUGUUGGAAACACCUGUAAUGAAAUUGUAUUUAUUUUGUUAUUGAAUAGAAGAAGAAUGGAAAAAUAGAAUGAGCUAAGUAGCUUGUAAAGCGAGGUAGUGGAAAACUUAUGUAAUGAUUCAAUUCAAAAUUUAUGUUUAUUUAUCCAAGAAAAA